AUGGCCAUGUGUUUAAGAUUUAUUCAUAAUUGUAGAAAUAAGCAUGACAGACGGACAGGUUCGUUGUCGCUGUUAGAAUUGACGCAAGCAUUUCAAGUCAUUUUGCAUCUUGUACAAGGUAUAGAGUUUCCACAAGAACUAAUUAAUCUAGGUACUAAAGGACAAGUGCGUUCUAAUAGCAAAUUAAAAACAUUAAAUCCAUUUCUGGAUAAAUCGGGAUUAAUCAGGGUAGGUGGCAGGCUGCGUAAUUCGAACAUUCAAUUUGAUCAAAAAUUUCCGAUUGUGCUUCCAAAACAUCAUAUAACGCGGUUAAUUAUAAAGGAAGAACACUUGAUACAACUACAUUCGGGACCAACAGCCACCUUAUCGGCAGUAAGACAAAGAUUUUGGCCACUCGCAGGUAAAGACCUGGUCCGUCAGGUAAUACACAAUUGUACCAUUUGCGCUAGAUUCAAGGCGGAACAGGUAACUCCAAUAAUGGGUGACCUACCAUCGGUGCGUAUUACUCCAGCCAGGCCGUUUUUAAAUAGCGGCCUUGAUUAUGCGGUACCUCUUAUCAUAAAAGAUGGUAAAACACGCAACAAAAAAACUCUCAAGGCUUAUAUCGCGCUCUUUGUUUGUAUGUCGACUAAGGCUGUUCAUUUAGAAUUAGUUUCAGAGCUAACUACAGCAAAUUUUCUGGCGGCAUUAAAGCGAUUUGUGUCUCGUAGGGGCGUAGCAUCUAAUAUUUAUUCAGAUAAUGCUACUAAUUUUGUCGGGGCUCACAAUGAACUCCAAAUCAUGUUCAAGCAGCGUAGAGUUAGUAACGACAUAGAAACAUUUUUAGAAACCAAAAAUAUUAAAUGGCACUUCAUUCCUGGCCAGGCGCCUCACUUUGGAGGCAUUUGGGAAGCAGGAAUUAAAUCUGCUAAAUAUCAUUUAAAGCGAAUAGUUGGUCCCUCGGUUUUGACUUUUGAGGAAAUGCCUACUGUCUUGGCGUGUAUAGAGGCGUGCCUGAAUUCGCGCCCCUUGUGCCCGCUUUCGGCGGCUCCUAACGACUUGGACGUACUCACACCGGGCCAUUUUUUGAUUAGGUCACCCCUAACCUCGAUUCCGGAGCCAGACCUCAUUGACGUCAAGACCAAUCGGCUCACUCGCUGGCAACUCGUGGAGCAGAUGCGGCAACACUUUUGGAGGCGCUGGUCGAAGGAAUAUUUGAGUACCUUGCAGAAUCGGACCAAAUGGAGCCAACAAGGAUCUGCCAGGCUGAUGCCGGGAAGUCUGGUCCUGCUAAUGGACACCACAGCCCCACUCACGUGGAAGCGGGGCCGCGUCACCGAGCUACAUCCAGGGAAGGACGGCGUCACCAGGGUGGUCUCCCUCAGGGUGGACCACAAGAUCGUCAAACGUGCGGUGCGAACAUUGUGUGUGCUACCAUGUGCUCGGGAGUGA